AUGGUGUUAAUAACAGAGGAGCAAGGGAAGAAAUCAAAGGUUAAAGAGAAUGGAUUUCCUGGCGGAGUUGAGCUUGGCAGGACUCAUAGAAAAGCCAGCAGCUUGGCUGUGGAUACACCCAUUAUGUCCAUCAGCAAGGUUGAUGAAAAUGGACUUGACUGUGUGGUAUCAGGAGAAGACAUUAAUCCUGAGACUGAAGUUGAUUACACACGAAACUACUGGGAGGAUGAGGACGAUAUCUAUCAGGAGUUUGAGGAACUGGACUUCGAUGCCCUACCGGAUCGCUUGGAUACCCAGAGCAUCACCUCAGAUGACUCAUUCUAUCCCCCAGAUGAUUCAGUAAUCUCCCAAAUUAACCGCUCCCUCUACCGCCCUGAAAGCCCCGAACCCAUCUCCUUUUUUAAGGCCUGCUGCAACAACAAUGCCAUCAUAGUAAAGAUUAUGAUAAGACAAGGAGUUACUGAGGAAGAGGUAAAAGAGACCGACCGGAACAGAAGAUCUGGCCUCAUUGCAGCGUGUUAUCAUGGCUAUGUGGACGUUGUCAUUGCUCUCUCUCAGUGCCCUUACCUGGAUGUGAACUGGCAGGACAACGAGGGUAACACCGCACUAAUUAUUGCAGCUCAAGCAGGUCAUGCAUUUAUCUCCAACUAUCUGUUGAACUACUUUCCGGGUUUGGAUAUCGAGAGGAGGAACUGUCAUGGUUUCACAGCCCUGAUGAAGGCUGCAAUGCAGGGCAGGCUUGAGUGUGUAAGAGCCCUCAUGUUGGCAGGAAGUGAUAUCCAAGCUCGGGACUAUGGACGGCAAAUGACCCCCAGGGAGUGGGCUCUCUUCACUGGUCGAUACGAGACGGCUGACCUGAUGCUUCGGCUUAUAUCAAAGCCCUGUGCUGAACAGUUUUGUGACUCCUUCUCCCUGGAGUGGCCAUUGUUGGAGGAACUCGUGUUGAAGGCACAGAACCCACAGACAUUUUGUCAGCGCUUGAUGAAACUCGUGUCUUGCUGCCCUUACAGGUUAUUUGUCAACAACAAGGUAAACCCUGUGAAUGAUGGUGUUCUUGAACACAUGGUGAGGAUUACCACAGCCAUCUCUAGUCCCUUCAUGGCCACAGCGUGCCACACCGUGUGCCCAAGUAGCCCACCGUGCAUUGGAAAACGCCGACAAGCCGUGCAGGAGAUCCUGAGGAGGCAAAGGGUAGCAGAACUUAAACGCCUGGGUCCCGACAGGCUGAGCAACUAUAAAAAGCUUUUCCAGAACUCAAGGGUCCAACUCAUUCCCAAAGUGAGGGAUCGACGGGCAAGCCUGCAGCCUCAAAUUAUCAGUGACAUGGCAGCAGUGUCCACGGUGGCCAUUAGAAGAGCCAGUCUCCUGCCACUCAACAUGCUGAGACGAAGGAGCGUGAGGCCAGGCAUUGUCGUGCCAAAGGUCAGGCUCUGCAAGGCUCCACCUCCAACCUUCACGCCAGAAAACCCAGGCAGAAGCAGCAACGAAAACCAGCUUAAGAUCCCCAAAUGGGAUUACAAGAUGAAGAAAAUAGAGAAGAGACAAGAAGAGGAGAGGCGGCGAAUGCUAUCUCUGCUUAGAAGAAGAUGAAGGGCAGAAGGAAGUGUCUGCACUUUAUAAC